AAUGGCAACCAAUACAUACAAACAGUGAAUACAAUGGCGGACAACAUUGUGGUCAACAAGUGAUGGAAAUUGACCAAAACUUUUUGGCCGUCAAUAUUUGAAGUGAUCAGCAAAAAUAGUACAAAAAAAUGUCUGCACAUCAACAGCAGGAAGUGAUCGAAAGGGUGACACUUAGCGAUGCCUUAAGCAAUGUCGACGUCUUGGAUGAGCUCGAGUUACCCGACUCUCAGCCAUGUAUUGCCGGCGAAAACUGGUCGGUCGUCUAUCACGUGAAUUUCGACACCAAUUUCGAGGACAGAAAUGCAUUUGUCUGCGGUGUCGCCAAAUAUAUCGAAGAGGCGACAGUCCAGUGCCAUCUGAAUGUUAUGUUAGAUGAAGGUGAAUCUCAUGCCGUAAUGCUAUAUACGUGGCGGUGCUGUUCGAGAGCUAUACCUCAACCAAAGUCUAAUGAACAACCAAAUCGAGUGGAGAUAUACGAGAAAACUGUGGAAGUGUUGGGACCCGAAGUGGACAAACUGUUGGCAUUCAUGUAUUUUCAGAGGAAUGCCAUCGAAAGGUUUUGCACAGAAGUUCGGCGACUCUGUCAUACAUCCAAUGUGAACUCCAUGUCUGCCGACGGCUCUCAAAAGAAAUCUAACGCCACUUUUGUUUCCGAAGCAUAUCUAUUGACAUUAGGCAAAUUUAUCAAUAUGUUUGCCGUAUUGGAUGAGCUCAAAAACAUGAAGUCUUCCGUUAAGAACGACUACGCGACCUACCGGCGCGCCGCACAGUUUCUCAAAGUGUUAUCCGAUUCCCAAUCACUACAGGAAUCGCAAAAUUUAUCGAUGUUUUUGGCGAUGCAGAACAAGAUUAGAGAUACACUGAAAGAAUCACUCGAAAAGAUACCCGGAUAUGAGGAACUAUUCUGUGAUAUUGUCUCACUAUUUACCACAAUGUAUGAGAACAAACUCUAUGUGCUUCCGUCGGAAAAGCAUUUGUUGGUUAAAGUUAUCGGUUUUGCCCUAUUUUUGAUGGACGGAAAGGCCUGCAAUAUUAACAAAUUGGACACUAAAAAGCGUAUUAAUUUGGCCAGAAUUGAUAAGAUAUUUAAAUCACUCGAAAUGGUACCACUAUUCGGUGAUAUGCAGAUCGCGCCAUUCCAGACGUAUAUAAAAAAGUCGGCCCAUUACGACCAGACUAGAUGGCCGCUCAGUUCCAAUUUGACUACCAAUUCACCGCAAGCCGAUAUACUACAGUAUUUACCGGGGAUUCGUGAAGAGUAUGUUGGGUUCAUAUCGGAACUAUCGCGUCAUUCAAAUGAAGUGACGACUACUAUUAAGGAGACGCCCCGAACUGAUUCGGAAAAUAAACAGUUAUUACAAUUGGCGCUCAAAGGUAUUCAAUUAUUGUCCGACUGGACGACACACGUCACAGAACUAUAUUCAUGGAAAUUGAUGCACCCGACUGAUCACCACCAAAACAAACAGUGCCCUAUGGAAGCCGAAGAGUACGAACGGGCCACUCGUUAUAACUAUAACGACGAAGAAAAGACAGCACUCAUUGAGCUCAUAGCUAUGGUUAAAGGCUUACAAGUUCUGAUGAAUCGUAUGGAAACAGUGUUUACUGAUGCAAUCAGAAGAUCCAUUUACGCCGAACUUCAAGAUUUUGUUCAGGUGACACUUCGGGAACCAUUAAGAAAAGCCGUCAAAAAUAAGAAAGAUGUGGUCAGAACUAUGAUAUCAUCGGUUAGAGAUACCUGUGCUGACUAUAUGAAGGGAUUUGAGGAUCCCUUACUUAGAGGAGGUAAAGCCUUGACCCAAGAUAUUGAAGUAAAAGUCCCCCGAAGAAAUGUGGGGCCCUCCACAACACAGUUGUAUAUGGUUAGGACACAACUGGAAUCUUUAAUAAGCGACAAAGCAUUGUCUGGACGGCGAACAUUGCGAAAAGAUAUCGAUGGCCACUACUUGCUUGCCAUCGAUCAGUUCCAUAAGAACUCGUUUUACUGGUCAUAUCUCAUAAAUUUUAGCCAAACAUUACGUGAAUGCUGUGAUCUGUCUCAGCUCUGGUACCGUGAGUUUUACUUAGAGAUGACAAUGGGAAAGAAAAUACAGUGUACAGCAAAACACGUUCACACGGACUUAUGUAAAGAUAUCAUAUCAUUGGAAAAGCGAACACAGUUCCCAAUUGAAAUGUCAUUGCCAUGGAUUCUAACCGAUCAGAUUCUUAAGACAAAAGAUUCAUCACUAAUGGAAUGUGUAUUAUAUCCAUUGGAUUUAUACAACGAUUCAGCACACUAUGCAUUAACCAAAUUCAAAAAACAAUUUCUUUACGAUGAGGUCGAAGCCGAAGUUAAUCUAUGUUUCGAUCAGUUUGUGUACAAAUUAUCGGAACAAUUAUUUGCUUACUAUAAACAUUUGGCCGGAAGUAUACUUUUGGAUAAACGAUUUCGAUCGGAAGCGGCCGCACUAAAUAUAAAAUUUAUGUGGCCUCAGGCCAACCGAUACGAAACAUUGUUAAAACAGCGACACUUUCAACUGUUAGGCCGAACCAUCGAUUUGAAUCGUUUAAUAGCUCAGCGUCUGAAUGUUGCAAUGUUAAAGAGCUUAGAGUUGGCCAUCAGUCGCUUCGAGGGAUCAGAUUUGACCGCAAUUAUUGAAUUGGAAACAUUAAUUAGUUUGAAUAAAUUUGCUCACAAAUUAUUGUGUAAACACAUUGAUUUAGAUCCGUUUGACGCACUGUUUCGUGAGGCCAACCAUAAUGUUUCGGCACCUUAUGGCAGAAUAACACUUCAUGUAUUCUGGGAAUUGAAUUAUGAUUUUCUGCAAAGAUAUUGUUUUAAUUCAUCGACACAACGAUUUAUCCGAAUGCCCGAUAGAGCACCCAAUUUGACCCCACAUUUAAAUAACAUUCAACGGGAGCGCCAAUCACCCCACCCACAGGCCCAACUGCCCUACUAUUUAUACGGCACAAAAGCACUCAAUAUAGCGUACAGCAAUAUAUUUGCACUUUUCAGUGGUUUUAUAGGUGCCCCUCAUUUUCGAUCAAUUUGUCAACUGUUGGGUUAUCAGGGAAUUGCUGUCGUUAUCGAAGAGUUGCUUAAAAUUAUCAAAAGCUUACUCCAGGGAACCAUUGCUCAGUACGUAAAGACACUGAUGACUGUAAUGCCAAAAUUAUGCAAAUUACCACUCUAUGAUUAUGGCUCUACUGGUGUACUUGAGUACUAUCAGGCACAGCUCCGGGAUGUCAUACAGUAUCCGGAUGUCAAGACAGAAAUGUUCCAAAAUUUUCGUGAAAUUGGAAACGCUUUGCUUUUUUGUUUAUUAAUUGAACAAGCACUGGCUCAAGAGGAGGUCUGCGAUUUGUUACAGGCGGCACCCUUUCAGAAUAUAUUGCCUCGACUUUACUGUAAGGACGGCGAGAAACCUGAGACCAAACUUAAACGAUUAGAAGCCAAAUACACGCCCUUACAGGUGGUGCCAAAUAUUGAAAGACUAGGAACUCCUAAACAAGCAUCCAUUGCUCGUGAAGGUGACCUAUUGACCAAAGAGAGAUUGUGUUGCGGUUUAUCCAUAUUUGAGACAAUAUUACAGCGAAUUAGAGGAUUUAUGUUAGAAAACGAAGAUCAGGCGUCAAUAUGGAUCGGCUCUAACCGAAUGCCACCUCCUAAUGGUGUCAUAUAUGUUGAUGAAUGUAUUGAAUUUCACCGUUUGUGGUCAGCCCUACAAUUUGUAUAUUGCAUUCCCGUCGGUGACGGAGAAUUUACUAUUGAAGAGUUGUUUGGCGAAGGACUCAACUGGUCUGGUGUUACAAUGAUUGCACUAUUGGGUCAACACAAGCGUUUUGAAGCACUUGACUUUAGCUAUCAUUUAUUGAAAGUUCAAAGAGUCGAUGGCAAGGAUGAGAUUGUCAGAGGAAUUCCAUUGAAACGAAUGGUAGAUCGGGUGCGACGCUUUCAAGUGCUCAACUCACAGAUAUUUUCAAUUUUGGGUAAAUACCUGAGCAAUGCCAGCGGUGAUAUCAAUACUGUAGAACACGUCAAAUGUUUUCAGCCACCCAUACAUCCAGUGAUGGCUGCCGUACAGGCAAACGCUGCGCCUAUUUAUAUGAGAGCUGCGAUACUAUUACAACAACAACAACAUCAACAGCGACAACAACAGCAGCAACAGUGAGCUGCAAAUGAUUAUUAGAUAUAAAAAUAAUUUUUGUAUAAUUAUUAAUGUUUUAAUUAUUAUUAUAUU